ACCAUCUCAACCAAGAAUCGAACCUGGAUCUCCUGCUUACCGGGCAGGUAUCUUAUCUCUUUGACUACCAUGUGAUGUACUGAGGUACUAUCAUAUUGACGUGUUAUUCUAAACACAUUAUUUGCGAUAAAUAUCACGUAUCGGCAAUUGAUUUUCAAUAAAAUCUGCAUACGAUCGUCCAUUAAGCCUUAAUCGUACGCAGAUUUUAUUGAAAAUCAAUUGCUGAUACUUUUGGAGGAUAUUCCUCUACAAGAGCAAGAAACGCUGAUUUUUCAGCACGAUGGAGCUCCCGCACAUUAUUCUCGUAGAGGAAAUAUGGGAUCUCGUAUGGGAAAUUUUGGAUACCCGUUUUCCAGAUAGAUGGAUUGGUCGAGGUGGUCCGAUCGUUUGGCCGGCACGAUCACCAGAUUUGAACGUGCUCAAUUAUUUUGUCUGGGGCUAUAUCAAAGCUUCAGUCGAGCAUAAACGUGAUAGUACCCAAGAUGAGGUACGUGAUGAAAUAAUAACAGCUUUUCAUAUCAUCACUCCGGAUAUGGCGCACCGUGCAACACGGCAAAUUUCCCGAAGAGCCGAACUUUGUUUGCAAGUGCAAGGAAGGCACUUCAAACAGUUACUUAAUUAGAAAUGUAACUAGAAUGGAUUAGGCCUGGAGAAACUAUUUAAAAAAAAAACGUGCCAAGUUGUCUACCUCAAGGUGGUGUGCAAAUAAUAGCGCUUGCUUUCUCUGUAAAAAAAAUUCAAUAAAUGUAUACUAAAAAUAGAUAUAAAAAUAA